AUGAGUAUGACAAAUAUGCCGGAAGUUAAAACAAGUACAAGCAAGGUGCGCUCUGAGUUUAGUAACUCCUCUAAUGCCAACGGAUCUGAAGAGGAGAGGAGAUCGCAUGGUAGCCUAGACGAUCAGUCUUCUAAUGGGUUAGAUGGUUCCAGUUCAAAUGAAAGUAGAAGUAAACUCAACCUUGAAUACUCUGCAGAUAUUGAACCAUUGAAGUUCAGAAUGAUGAAAACGAACAAUACCGGUGACAAGGGUAAUAAUGCGGACAAUGGUACAGAUUCCUUUAUGAAGCUAAAAGAACAUUUACAAAGAGGCAACACUCUAACUUCCAACCUUAGGGCUAAUGACUUUUACCCUUUCAAUGCUAUUGACACUGAACAGUUUGAAAGCUAUUUGAGGGAGCCUAAAUAUAUCAAAAUGCUAAAGAGGCGAAAAAACCUCAAACAGUUUAGAAGGUUAUUUCUGGCCCAAGAACUAACGGCAUACGAGGGUGAUACGGCCACCGCCACCACCAAAUCAUCGGAACCCACUUCUAAAGCCAUAUGGACUACAAAAUUCAGCCUCGACGGGAAAUUCAUGGCCACGGGCAGUAAAGACGGUAAAAUACGAGUGUGGAAAGUUAUUGGCUCGCCGGUGGAAAGAGCCGAAUUGGACUCAACUGCAGAAUCUAACAAAGAAGCACGAGCCAAGUCUAUGCGUAUAAAACAACAGGUUAGUUCAUUUAGCAGUCCAAAGGAAAAACAAUUCCUAGAUGCUGCUACGGAGAAAUACGAAGAAAAGGAAAAACUGCUAAAUCUGUAUGCCCCAGUUUUCCAUCCAACGCCAUUCCGGCUCUUCAAAGAACACACACAAGAUGUUCUGGAUUUGAAUUGGUCCAAAAAUAAUUUUAUAUUGUCAGCUUCGAUGGACAGAACGGUAAAGCUCUGGCACCCAGACAGGAAAAAUUCAUUGAAGACGUUUGUUCAUCCUGAUUUUGUUACUUGUGUAGAAUUUCACCCCACGGACGAUAGAUUUUUUAUUAGCGGUUGCUUGGAUCAUAAAUGUAGGUUGUGGUCCAUCUUGGAUGAUGAGGUUAGCUUCGAGUAUGAUUGCCAAGAUUUAAUCACCUCCGUCACAUUAUCCCCGGAGGAGGGGAAAUAUACAAUAUUAGGGACUUUUAACGGAUAUGUUCACAUUUUAUUGACGAAAGGUCUUACGCCGGUUUCUUCAUUCCAUGUAGCAGAUAGACAAACUCAGGAGCAGAACGCACAUGUCAUGAUCACCGAGACUGACCCAAAAGUUCGCCACGGUCCACGUGUAACAGGUUUGCAGUCCUUUAGAUCUCAACUGGAUCAUUCCUUCCGUUUAGUAGCCACAUCCAAUGAUUCCAGAAUAAGAAUCUUCAAUUUAGAACAGAGGAAACUUUUAGAAGUACUGAAGGGGUUCCACAGUGGCUCCUCUCAACACAAGGCACAAUUGUCUAUCUGGCAUGGUCAGCCGAUCGUUGUGAAUAGCAGCGAUGACCAUUGGGUUUACGGCUGGAGGUUAAAGUCUUCAGAUAGAGGAGCCGACCAAGACGAAUCCAAGAAGAAAUCAAAGGGAUUGGCCAGGUCUGGCAGUUUGAGAAGCAUAUUUAGUAAAUCCAUGAGUAGAUCGUCCAGUCAGAACGCCGAAGAAAAACCACACCAUUUGCUUCAUAAUAAUCACUUAAAACUUAGUAACCUACUUCCCUUGCCGCACCACAACAAUGAUAAUUGCAUCAAAAAUACAGAUUACAUUUCCUUCCAUGCUCAUAAGGCACCUGUCACGUCCGUCAGCAUUGCACCUCCAGAAACCUCAAAAACAUUGUCCUUAUCUAAUGAUGUUAUCUGUGAAUUGUCUUUAGAGUUUUUUCAGAGUUCGGAUAGUUUCGAUGUUCUGAGUCUAACUAACGAUGAUUCUUCAAUCUCGGAUACAGAAUCUUCUUUGCCUUAUAACUCUAAACCAAGCUCGGUGCUUAAUAAUUCGGUGGCUAGCGCAAUCCCUAACGUGGUUGAUGCAAUUGGGACCAUACUGAUCAGUACCGAUAACGUAGGGAACAUUCGUGUGUUUAGAGCAGAUAUGCCAUCUGCUAUAAGAAAGCGUGUGUUGCUCAAACUACAAGACUACAAUAGAGAGGUCAAGAAACGGUUCAAUAGCUCCGAUUCGCUACAUUCACUAAGUAGAAGCUUCAGUUCAAGAACCAAAUCUAACUUACCGGGCCAAUCUUCGACAGCCACUUACAACAUUGGUGGGAAAGUCUGUCCAACAGGCCGUAGCUACUCUAAUGUACGUCCAAAAAGUAGUACUUCAUUAAAGACCCUAGGAAGCAGUCUGCAGCCAAAAACACCAAGACAAAGCAUGUCAUCUGUUUUCUCCAAUGGACACGGACCUACUACCCCGAAAAGUGCGAUGAAUUUAGCAAUACGUUGCAAUGUUUGUAACGGUUCAAGAUUUGAAGCGUUUUCUGGUGCUAAUGGUCAGCAAGAUAGAAACUACUAUUGUGUAGAUUGCGGGACAGUGGUCAACAACUUCAGAUAA